AUGAGUUCAUCACGAAAAUGGAAAAACGGGGUCAGCUCUCCUGGUAGAUCUUUCUUGUUCUUGGGCCAGCCACUUAGUAUUGUCUGCCUCAGUAGCUUGCAUAACCCGUCUUCCUCCGUGCACUGCUGGAGCUGUUUCAGUCGCUCCUCGGUAACAGCUACUAGUUGUGCU